AUGCUGGACAUCCAGAAACAACAAGGAAGACUGCCCAGAGCAUCUCCAGGCUGCUCCCCCGUCCCGCGCCUUGGGCCUCCUCCUUUGAGAACACGCAGGCAAACUGGUGCUGUAGGAAGAACAGAGCAUUUAAAGCAGGCAGGUGUGGUUUUUAAAUCUCAGCUCAGCUAUUUUUUAGCUUGUGUGACUGUGGCAGUUUAUCUCACCUCGCCAGCCUCAGACUCCUUACUUAGCCAGGGACCAAGAUACCUGCUUGAGGACAAUAAAGCAUCAUGGCUAGAAGCAUGGACUCUGGCGAUGGCUAAGUUAAAAAUCACAGUUUCAUCCCUUCGUAGUUGUGUGACCUUGAAUAUGCAACUCACAAAUGAAAAGCUUGCAGACGAGAAACCCAUUAAUGCUAUCAUUAUAAAUUCAGUAUCUGAAUUCAAUAUCACAGAUGGACCAGCCAAGGAAACCCCCAGUGAGAAAAAACUGUCAGAAUCCAGCACAUCACUGUCCUCCCUUGAAGAAUGCCAAACGAAAUUUUCCUACCUCCAAACUGAUACUUCAGUUCAUCAGAGAGACACUGAUGAGGAGUGUGCCUCCCUUAUCCUCACCUGUCUGUUUUGCCAGUUUUGGGACUGUCUCCUGAUGCUCCCGGAUACGUGCGAAACGGUGUGUACCAACCUGUGCUGCCCCUCUCACAGGUAUCACCACACCUCGGAUGAAAGCCACUCUCGGAACGAUUGCAGUUGCAACUGUGACGUGGACUGCAGCCUGUUUGAGUCUUGCCACGAGACCAGUGAGUGUCUGGAGCUAGCUAUGGAGAUUUCAGAAAUCUGUUACCGCUAG